AUGGAGAAACACGGAUAUCAACAGCCUAGAGCCCGGAGCAAGAAAACUACCUUGAGCGAUAAGGGGGAUGAUGUUGUCAAGGAGACAACUAGUACAGGAAAGCCGAAUGAAAAAAAAUCGCGGCGUCGCAUAACUCCAAGAAACGAUGGUAAGCUGAAAUCGUGGAGAUUGAUCAUAAGAAACCUUUCUUUCAAGACAACACGCGAAGACCUGCAGAACGUUUGUUCAAACUUCGGAUCGUUUACCGAUAUCGUUCUGCCGGCAUCCAAGAAGAUACCCGGGCGGACCGCUGGCUUCGCAUUCGUGCAGUUCAAAACGCGGGAAUCCGCCGAGAAAGCUUACGAGUUCUUCAACAGUAGGAAGUUUGAAGGCAGACUGGUUGCGGCAGAUUGGGCUUUGCCGAAAGAUACUUACGAAACAGCUGUACGGGAAGAACGUGAGAAGCUAAAGAAGAAGGUGAAGUUGGAGGAACCGGGCGAUCCAAAAGAAGAAAAUUCACAAAGUUCAAAACUUUCGGAGACACCUUUUCAGCCUACAGUUAGCAAACAAAGGAGCGAUGCAGAGGAAGAAGAUAAUAUGAGGUUAAGUGAUGGCGACAUAACUGACAACAGUAGUCACGAAGAUAGUAUAGAAGGGGAAGAUGCGAGAAUGGACAUAAUGGAAGAAGACGGUGAUAACCUUGACGAUGGUCGCGAAAUAAAAAGAAAGGAUCCGGCAGUUGAUGAGAAACGUGUAGUUUUCCUGAGAAAUCUCUCUUUUGCCACUACAAACGAGACGCUGAAGAAAGAAAUGGAGAAGUUUGGGGAAGUAAAGCUUGCCAUCUGUUGUAAAUUUCGUGAAAGUGGACACUCCAGAGGUUAUAAUACUCGUUUAUAA